CUUAUCACCUUCUUGGAAAAGCCUCUUGUAGGACGCAAACACCGUCAUGAACGACUUCGACUUCAUGAAAUCGUCUCCUCAAGAGUGGAGAAAGGGAAAGAGCGCGCUCUACGGAGUUCUCUGAGAGGGUGUUUAUAUAUUAAGCUUCCGUGAAUCGAAUAUCUAUGAUGUUGUUCUCAAAGGACGAACUUCUGGGAAAAUGCAUCCCACUCACAGCGAGCUUUCUUCUUCUUCUCAAAGGCUUCGAGUUUCUUGGCUGCGCAGUGCUUGUAGGACUUUGGUGUCUCCAUCGCAACGUUUGAACGAUGUGCGUGGAAUCAAGCAACAGUUUCUACGUGAGCGGUUCCGAGCGAACGACCGAUCCUGUGCGUCUGCCCGUGCAAACUCGAAGAAAUCACCGCAAGUAAAACAGGCUUGUGAUGGGAACUUUUUCCACUUGGUACCAGGUUUUAUAAAAAUCACUCCACUGGAGGCCAGAUUGGUGGGCUUCGAUUCUUCGCUUUGGUGGGUUUUCGCUUUGUUGGUGGUGGUGCUGGUGGUGGCGCUGAUGAUGACCAGCAAAGCAUCCACGAGCAGUGUUUCGUUUCUCCUUGGAAUUUCCAAGAGGCGCUUUCCAGAUUUGAUGUCGAGGCUAUCGAGUUCUCUGGGAUCCUUUACGCAAUCAUUGUUCUUACACUUAGUAAGUUUUCUAGAUUUCAUUCAUUUGGAGGUCUUUGUUCUUCCAGGAUUUUCUAUCGAUUUCUAUUCUUUGGAAUUAAGCAAUCGUUGCUCGUCUAUUUCCAACAUUUUCGAGAGUUUCUUUGUCAAAAUAGCGCGCGAAUGUUUGAAUUCUAAAAGCCCUACUAUUUAA